AUGUCUAAAUAAUCAAAAGAUUAAGAGAAAUUAGGAAAGUUUUAUACAUUUGAGGUGACAGCAGAGAAAUUAUAAACAGUAUAAUAAAGAGCGAGAUCAAUGUAUUUUAAACAUUUUCGAAAUGCAUUCAUUUUUGGAUUUUGCAUUGAAUUUAUGAUAAUCAAAUCAAGAAUUUGUAAAUUCUAUUAUUUAUAUAUAUAAAGAUGAAAAUAUUGUUAGAAAAAGUACAUAAAGAAGAUUAGAAUCAAAAAAAAAAGAAAAUGAUAACCUAAACUUAACCAAUAAUUAUACACAAAAUAAAUGA